AAAACACCGACUACAAUGCAAUCAUCUUCAUUUCAAUUCACAUGCUUCCCGUGAGUAGUUACAAGUGAAAGAAUAGAAAAAAAUGAAGUUAAUUUAUGUAGUUAUGUUCUUUUUAACCAUUUCUUUGGCAAAUGCUGAAGAUAUUGAAGAAAAAUGUACUAGCAGUUCGUGUGCUGUUGUUCUUUGCUUGGCGCCUCCACCAAAAUGUCCGAAAGGGACAAUUUUAAAGCCUGGUGGUUAUUGCAACUGUUGUAACGUUUGCAAAACAUUGAUAUAUGAAGGUGGCAAUUGCACUGCAGAAAGUCCCAUAGCUGGAAGAACUUCUGACAAAGUUGUUUGUGCUGAUGGCUUGCAAUGCAUAGGUGGAGUCUGCAAGAAGUGGAACCCAGGACAAAAUUGUUGAGAAGUUUAAACAAUAAACUGUUACUUAAAAAAAAAUGUUUAUUAAUUAAAUUUCAGUAAAGCAUG